AUGGGACUCCUUUUACUUCUAAUAAUUUACCAGUGCUCCAUAAACAGUGUCAAAACACAGAGUGUUUCAAAUCCCAAUAUCAUUUUACUGAUGGCUGAUGAUCUUGGUAUUGGAGACCUGGGAUGUUAUGGGAACAGAACCUUAAGAACUCCUAAUAUUGACAGGCUAGCAAAUGAAGGAGUGACACUUACUCAGCACAUAGCAGCAUCCCCACUUUGCACUCCAAGCAGGGCAGCUUUUCUGACAGGGAGAUAUCCUAUCAGAUCAGGAAUGGCUGCCUUCUCACGAGUUGGUGUCUUCUUAUUUUCUGCCUCUUCUGGGGGACUUCCUUCUGAAGAAAUAACUUUUUCCAAACUCCUGAAGCAAAGAGGUUAUGCAACAGCUUUAAUAGGAAAGUGGCAUCUUGGGAUGAACUGUGAAAGCAGUAAUGACUUCUGUCACCACCCCCUCAGUCAUGGAUUUGAUUACUUUUACGGGCUUACCGUGACCAAUUUUAGAGACUGCAAACCUGGCCAAGGAAGUGUGUUUAUCAAAGGGGUUCAGAAAACCCUUGACAUCCCCAUACAAAUUGCUGGAAUCACCCUUGUCUCUUUGGCAAUAGUGCAGUACAUUGGCCUCAUCAAAGUACCUUUCCAAGCAUUGACUUACUGCUUGUUAAUAACCACAAUUUCACUUGCGGUUUUGAUUUUUUUCUUCUAUCAUUUUCGACACUUAAACUGCUUCUUAAUGAGGAACCAUCAGAUUAUCCAGCAACCACUGUCCUAUGAGAACCUUACUCAGAGACUGACAAAGGAAGCCACGCAAUUUAUUGGAAGGAACACUGGUGCACCAUUUCUUCUUGUCCUGUCUUACCUUCAUGUCCAUACUGCUCUAUAUGCUUCAAAACAUUUCAGAGGAAAGAGCAAGCAUGGUUUAUAUGGGGAUGCAGUGGAGGAAAUGGACUGGAGUGUAGGUAUGUUACAU